AUGAAUGUUCCCAUUAGGUCGAAGAGUACCCCCAAAAUCCCCAAAUUGAGGGGGGUUUUCAAUGGAUUAUGCGCGCUGAUAUUGGUUAUCUUGUUGUCCAAUCGGGGAGGUUCGAUUGAGAACAUUCCUGAUAGUGAAAGUUCGAAGCUUGGAUCUAUUUCGAGGAAUGGGGUGAGUCGGGUUGAACCGAUUCGUAGGCAGAUGAUCGAAUUCGAUGCAAAUUUGAUUUCCCCGAGUUCAGGAAACAGGACUGAUGUAUUCGACACCACUUUAGAGGAUAUGAACAACAGGCCACAUGAAUGUAGAGAUGUGAUUGAUCACAAGGGAUACCCAAACCAAUGUGCCUUCUUGCAAGCCAAUCCACAAUGCUUCUCUGAUGGCUUCUUCGACUAUGUUCAUUUCGUGUACUGUGAUUGCGGCAACUUCAGAUGGCUGGGGUUUCUUUUGCUGGGGAUCUGGCUUGCUGCAUUGUUCUACUUGCUGGGGAACACUGCUGCUGAUUACUUCUGCUGCUCGUUGGAGAAGCUCUCAAGUCUAUUGAAGCUCCCCCCUACUGUUGCUGGUGUUGCCCUCCUACCGCUUGGCAAUGGAGCUCCAGAUGUUUUUGCGAGCAUUGCUGCGUUCCUCGGAGAGAAUUCCGGCGACGUGGGGCUCAACAGCGUAUUGGGAGGUGCUGUGUUUGUGACCACCGUUGUUGUUGGUGCUGUCUCACUGUGUGUGGCGCAGAAGGAACUGCAGAUCGAUCGGAGAUGCUUCGUCAGGGACAUAUGUUUCUUCCUCGUUGCUCUCUUCUCAUUGCUGACAAUUUUGAUGGUUGGUAGAGUGACUGUUACAGUGGCAAUUGCAUUUGUUUCAAUCUAUGUGGUGUAUGCAUUCUUUGUAGCUGCUAAUGAGCUCUUGAGGAAACAUGCUCAGAGGUUGAAGUUGGAUUCGGUGACGCCAUUGAUUCCUGUCAGGGGAAGUGUGUUUUCCCAGGGAAGUGAGGAAGAAGAUGUAGGAUCAGUUUACAGCUCUCUGCUCGAGGUGGAUACUGAGAGUGAUGUCAUACAUGAUCUGCCACCGUCGUUGCCCUCGUGGAUGUGGGCUUCGAACGUGGCGAUAUUCUCAAACCACUCGUCAAAGUCGAAUUCUAUGGAUGAGGAAAGGUCGCCAUGGGGAUGGAACGAUGACCACGAGGGUGGAUCAGAUAUGAGAAAGUGUGCAGUCUCGUGUUCUCGAUUGUUUUCGAUCAUGGAGAUGCCGUUAACAGUGCCAAGGAGGCUGACAAUCCCCCUCGUGGACGAUGAAACAUGGUCUAAACCAUAUGCAGUCAGCAGUGCUGCAUUAGCUCCACUUCUCAUUGCAUAUCUAUGGAGUACACAAAGCGAUCUCUCUCCUUCAAAUAGAAUCAUUGGUUAUAUAAUCGGAAUAUCACUUGGUUGCACGUUUGGGAUUCUAGCUUAUCAACAGACUCUACCUGACCGACCUCCUCGGACCUUUAUGCUAGCAUGGGUUAUAGGAGGGUUCGUGAUGAGCAUCGUCUGGUUCUACAUGAUAGCAAAUGAGCUCGUUUGUCUAUUAGUUGCAUUUGGUACUAUAUUAAGAAUCAAUCCAUCGAUCUUGGGACUAACUGUACUGGCAUGGGGCAAUUCCAUGGGGGAUCUGGUCUCGAACGUUGCACUGGCAAUGAAUGGUGGGGACAGUCUGCAGAUUGCCAUGUCUGGUUGCUAUGCGGGUCCAAUGUUUAACACACUCAUUGGGUUGGGCGCCUCAAUGGUGUUGGGCGCCUGGUCAAGGGGCAACGGUACAUACGAGAUCCCUCGAGAUGGCACGCUGUUCUUGACCAUUGGAUUUCUCGUAUCAGGGUUGCUCUGGGCUCUCAUCGUGCUGCCUAGAAACGAUAUGCGUCCUAAUAAGACGUUGGGCGUCGGGCUUAUAGCUAUGUAUCUAGUUUUUCUGACCGUGAGGCUGACUGCUGUCACGAGUUUCGUAUUAAGCUGA